GUACAUAAUUUCAUGGAUGUAUGUGUUGCAGGACAAGAACUGCGAAAUUUAUCCCCGCGUGAAGACAAGGGGAUAAAUUUUACGUUCCUCAUCUCCCCUUCUCCUUCUUGUGUUCUGCUUUUAUUUUGUUGCCCGCGGAGUCCAACUUUUCAAGUUAUCGGCAUGCGACUCUCCGUUUGUUUGGUUCUUUUCUUUCUUCGAUCCCUGGCAAGAGGAUCCAUGAGUCACGAAGUAAAGCUGCAGCUGAGGGACGAAGCGAAGGAAAUGUUCUACCACGCGUACGACUCGUACAUGAAAUAUGCAUUUCCCGCUGACGAGUUGAUGCCAUUGAGUUGCAAAGGACGAUACCGAGGGUCUGAACCGACUCGCGGCGACGUGGAUGAUGCCCUCGGAAACUUCACUUUGACCCUCGUCGAUACGCUCGACACUUUGCUUGUGUUGGGUGACGUGGAUGAAUUCGAGCGGUCUGUGGAACGCGUGGUGAAACGCGUCAACUUUGAUCACGACAUAGUCGUUUCCGUAUUUGAGACAAAUAUCAGGAUGGUCGGUGGGCUGAUGUCUGGACAUGUGUUGGCCGAAUGGGUGAAGGAGCGAGUCGGGAACGGACGACUGUCGUGGUAUCGCGGCGAAUUGUUGGCCAUGGCGAAGGAUCUCGGACUUCGGCUGUUGCCGGCGUUCAAUACGACCACUGGUCUGCCGCACGGACGCGUGAACCUGCGGUUCGGCAUCGAAGGUGAAGAGUUCGUGGCGUCGCGCGAGACGUGCACGGCGUGUGCAGGCACGAUGAUUCUCGAGCUGGCAGCCCUGUCUCGGCUGAGUGGCGAGCCCGUGUUUGAAGAGAAGGCCCGCAAGGCGCUCGACGCCCUCUGGGGCUACCGUCACAGGUCCUCUGACCUCGUCGGAACCGUGCUGAAUGUGCACAACGGCGACUGGGUCCGUCGCGACUCGGGCGUCGGUGCUGGCAUAGAUUCCUACUACGAGUACCUGCUCAAGGCCUACAUCCUUUUGGGCGACGACACGCUGCUCAACAGAUUCAACAAACACUAUCAAGCUGUCAUGAAGUACGUGAGUCAGGGUCCAUUGUUGGUUGACGUCCACAUGCACAGGCCGCACACGAAUUCGAGGAAUUUUAUGGACGCGUUGCUCGCGUUUUGGCCCGGACUUCAGGUGCUGAAGGGGGACAUAAAGCCGGCGAUUGAGACGCACGAGAUGCUGUAUCAGGUGAUGCAGCGACACAACUUCUUGCCCGAGGCAUUCACGACGGAUUUCCAGGUGCACUGGGGACAGCAUCCCCUGCGACCCGAGUUCCUCGAGUCCACGUACCUGCUCUACAAGGCCACCAACGACCCGCAUUACCUGGACGUGGGCGAGACGGUCUUGCGGUCGUUGCAGAAGUACGCCCGGGUCCCGUGCGGGUUUGCAGCCGUCAAGGACGUGAGGACGGGCCAGCACGAGGAUAGGAUGGAUUCCUUUGUGUUGGCCGAGACCUUCAAGUACCUGUUUUUGUUGUUUGCGGAGCCGACGGAUUUGAUCCUGGAUCUGGACCAGUUUGUGUUCACUACGGAAGCGCACUUGCUGCCCUUGUCGUUGGCCAGACUGUCCAACGUGACAGCCGUACCGAUGCGAGAAGGAACGGAAGAAAUUGUGGACGAGGACGUGGAGGCGGACCGGUCGUGUCCCAACAUUCAUUUCCUGCUGCCUGAGACGCCGCCGACGGCGCAGUUGAUUACGGGCACUUGGUCUUCUGUGGGCUCUAGGUUUGCCGAAUCAAUCCGACGCGGCCUGAGGAACUUUGUGCAGGACGUGUGUCCGACGCGCAUCCUCGGCGGCCUCAGUUCCAGUGGCAAGAGGAUCCGGUUGUCUGCAGCCCAGUUUGAACCGACAAACGUGGAGCACCUGCGACUGCUGAAGGAAAUGGGAAUUUCCAUCAUGGCGCUGCCUGACGGCCGCGUCCAACUGCUUCACGCAUCAGCGGAUGCCGAGACGGCGGAGGCAGCUUUGGAAGGCGUGGAAUUUAUGCAAGAUAUGUUGGUGGGGGCGUCCGGUGGUGGUGGUGGUGGUAUGGCCUCGGGAUCAGGGACAGCUGGCGGUGGCAGCAGCAGUAGCAGUGGCAAGGAGAACACGCCGCAGGCUGUGUCGUGGGUGAGCCAGGCAGGCGGCGACGACAACGACCCGGGUGACGUCGUGGUGCACUCGGUGUCUGCUGGCCCAGCUCAGUUUGGCCGCGUGCUCGGCCGCAACGACAUGGUGGGCGGGAAGUUGGCCCUGGCUGAGCCGGCGCACGGGUGCUCGGACCUGGCCAACGCCGCCGUGCUCGACUCGCGCGUGGCCGUCCUCCGUCGCGGCGGCUGCAUGUUUGUGGAGAAGGCGAGACGGGCAGCCCGGGCCGGGGCCGUGGGUGCCAUUGUGAUUGACAACGUGGCUGGCACGAGUGCCCGCGAGUCGCCCAUGUUUGCCAUGUCGGGCGACGGCACGGACGACGUGCGCAUCCCGGUAGUGUUUAUCUUCGAAGCAGACGGACGGGACUUGUUGCAUGCGUUGGAGCGAGACCCAGAGUUGGAAGUGGUGUUGGCUGGUGGGGGUGGGAGUAACAGUAGGUCGAGUAUUGCUUCCCCCAACUCGCAGCAGCAGCAUCAUCUCAAGACGGUGCAGGCGACAUCAUCAUCAUCAUCAUCAUCAUCAGCACCAACAACAGCAACAACAGAGGAAGGCGGUCGAGUGAGCAGGAUAGACUUGGACCUGACGACGGUGGACAGCAGCAGGGGCGGCCAGGAGGAUUCCGGCGCAGACGACCCCGUUGUCAAGAUGAAUCCCUCCCUGGAAAAGAUGAAAAUGUUUAUUCACGAGUUCGAACAGAUGAAGGAGAAGGAACAGUGGCUGAAAACAAAGGCGAAAGCGCACGUCCGAAGUGAUGUUGGCAAAGAUGUGACGACGGUCAAGUUUCUCGACAGUGGGAGUCUGUAUGUUCGAGAAACGGCUCAAGGGUACGACUCUCUGUUUGCCAAGUUCAUGGACGGCCUGCCUGCAAAUCAGGCAGAGCAGCAGCAGCAGCAGCAGCAACAACGCGAGGAGGAAUUGAGGAUGAAUUUGGGGCAGGAGGAAGACGUUGGCAUUGGUGGUGGUGGUGGUGGUGGUGGUAGCAGUGGUGUGCAGACUGCUGACUCGAUCGGAGACGGCAAGAAGGACGGCAUGCAGUCGCCGCUGCAGGGCCUGGAAGAGAAGGUGACGUCGAUCCUCGUGCGGGCCUUCCAGAACAGCGCCGCCAUCCAGCAGGCCAUUUCUGACGAGGAUGAGGAGUCUGCCCGUUUGGCGCACGCCGUGGACACGCUGCGACGCCUGCGGGAAGACCUGAAGGCACCGGCCGAGGCAGAGGACGCCGAGGAGCUGCUGGACCGCUCGAUAGAAACGCUGAGGACUCUCUCCUCCUAUAUUGCCAAGGUCAGCGAGACUCUGGCCAUGAACAACAACAAUCCCCCUCAUCAUCAUCAGCAGCAGCAACAACAACAAGCAAUACUAUUGAAGGAAGAGAAGCCUCGUCCCAAUGACGAGCUUUAAUCGACAUCAUUUGCUGUCGCCUUGCUGCUCAUCACAAAUGAUAUUAUCAACUGGCUACUGUAGUGCGGAAAACGGUUUUGUUUUGUUUAUUCUUUGAUUUUCCUGCAGAGUCAAAUAAUGUCAAGUCAAAUAAUUGGGAUCUGUCUGUCUGCCUGUCUGUGUCAAGACCUCGAUUGAGGCCAUGGCAGUUCAAGUCACGUUCGCUGACGGAUUAAUCGCCGCGAGAUUCCUCCAUGUUGGCCCUGCACUCUUGUUUAUCCGUCUGUCUUUUGUGCCGCUUACUUGGGCUUUUUCUUUUCUUCUUCAUUUCCUCGUUGGGCCAGGUGAGAUCUUUUGUGACAGCGUAUUGUCUGUUAUUUUGUCUCUGCGAAAAGGCAGAAACAAACAAACAAACAAACAAAUAAAUAAAGGAAGGAGAAAAAUGGAAUAGAAUCGACUGAAUGAAGGAAGGCAAGGAAUUUUUGAGAAGGGAGAGGGAAAAAAAGAGGCACCUGUGAUAUGACGCGAUGGAUUUAUGUUGGAGACAUUGAUAUCACGAUUUUUUUUAGUGAAUUUGAAGGAGGAAAAAAAAAUGCGUAGGUGUCGUUUGCACUUUUUGACAGGAACUUUAUGCUUUUGCGCAAUUUAUUGUUUUGUUUUGGUCUCCUUUGUGUCUUGUUUGGUGCUGGACUGAGCGAGAGAAGGAGGGAUGAAGGGGAGAGGGUUGAUUUUUGUUUCCGUCUUGUUGGUCCUCUCCCACGGAUUGCAAAGUAUAUAUUUUUUUUUGGGUUUUUGUGGCUCGGCUCGGACAGGGGUUCUUCUCUUCUCUUGUGUGCGUGUGCAGGAGAUGAUUGAGAGACAGAGAGAGAGAAUGGCAGUGGAGGGAAAGAUAAAGAAAGGAAAGAAAAAGAGCAACACUUUACCUGGUGGCGAUGAUGCUUUGCCCCCUUUGUAAAGGCGAGCGAGGAAAGACAAGAAAACUAAGUCAAUGCGGACGUUUGUCCGAGGUGGUGCGAGUGUGCAGGGUGUGUCUCGCCAACGAAGAGAAGGCUUGUGAUGAUGAUGAUGAUGAUGAUGAUGAUGAUCUUGUUGUCUUUGAUGGCGUGACUUUGGUGUCACCGCUGCUGGAGGCUUUUCGAGUUGCGAGGCCACCCCGUAUCUACGCGCGUGUGUGUGUUUGUUUCCUCGUUUGAUUGCUUAAACGGGGCAGGAUCAUUGGCACAACAACUAUGUUUGCCGUGGGUUUAGUCAACUGCGUGACCUUACGAUUAAUUAUCACCAAAUGUGCGUUCCGUGGUUUUCUUUCUUUCCUCUUGUUAAUCUUGAUGGUCAUGUUCUUGCCUAUUCUGCCAAGGAUUUACGGAGCAACUAGCGUCUUUCUUGAGUUCAAAAAGGAUCCGUGUGCGUACGUUUGUAUGAAAUUUGUGUGUGUGUGUGUGUGUGUGUCUGUGUGCGUGGACUUGCAGAAGAGGAGGAGGAGAAGAAGAAGAAGAAGAGAAG